AUGGGAUUUUUUCUUCAAGAUCUUCAUAACAGCAUACUCGAGUUACAUGCUCAACACUUUACUGAACAUACGCAUAUGAGUUCAUAUACUGUUUAUCGUGGUCAAGAACUGUCGCAAACACACUUUGAUCAAAUGACUCGAAUCCAAGGUGGAGUACUAUCAUUUAAUAACUUUUUGUUGACAAGUCUUGAUCAAGAACUAUCUCUUGCCUUUGCUCAGAGUAAUCAAAAUUAUCCUGACCUAAUCGGUGUACUCUUUGAAAUAACUAUUAAUCCAUCAACAUCAACUACUCCUUUCACCAACAUGCAUGGCGUCAGUUCUUUCAAGGACGAACCAAAAAUUCUCUUCUCCAUGCAUUCUAUUUGUCUCAUUGGAUUCGUGAAACAAAUUGAUGGAAAUAAUCGUCUCUGGCAAGUCGAUUUAACAUUGACUAGUGGCAACGAUGCAGAUCUUGUUGCACCUACUGAACAAGUAUGCAAAAAGACUGACCCUGAUGCGGAAGGAUGGAAACGUUUGGGUAUGUUACUAACUAAACUUGAAAAUUUCGACACAGCUCAAGCACUAUAUGGUGUCUUUCUUGAUCAAACAAUGCCUGAUUACGAAAAAGCAUAUACUUAG